UAAACGACCCUAUCUCAUGGAGCUUCAAACGUCUCAGAAGAUUUUAAGAAGUUGAAGACUUACUCUUACAAAGACGGGAGUGGAAGCGGAAGAAAACUGUUAAGCUUCUCUCGGACAAAUUCAGCUCACAGUUGGGGUCCUACCUGAGACGUGUUAUCAGGAAGUCUUUAAAACUCGGCAACUUUGUACAAAGUCGCAAGACUGUACAGUGAGUUUCCACGAAGCUAACGACUUAAACAAUUCUAUAUCGUAAGUUAAUAGACGUAAUAUGCAGUGACCGGCAGACAAUAUCUGAAUCCAAAAUGAAUCAACAUCGAUCAAGACCUCGACAAAGAUUUGAAAGAGAAGAAGCCCAACGAAGAUUAUAUGUUGAAAAUGCAAGGAACCUUAGGACAAAGAAUGUUUCUCCUCAGCGAUAUUUCAGCAGUGAUUCCCCAAAAUUCGCAAGACAUAAUCGUUCGGCUUCGAAUCCUGAUGUAACUGAGUUUUGGAGGCAAGAAACUGAUAGCAAUUUGGCGUCACGUUAUUUACAAAAUGACCGGGAUUUCGAGUCGGAAGGAUUAUCUGACCAAGAAGUCAGUCAGUUUGAAGGAAAUGGGGGGAGCCGUUCCUAUGUAUCAGCAAAGAGAAACGUUCCAAGGCCAAAGAGUUCUGAAAACGUUCACGAACCUAUAAAAACUAAACGAUCACGGUCGUUAGGAGAGAUUGACAAAAUCCAAGAUUCUUCAAGAAUUUACGAGCCUAUAGAACAGUUGUACAACUAUGCCCGAAAGAAUAAUCCUAGAAACAGCUUAGGAAAUGCUUCCAGGGACUCAGGUACUGGUUACUCUAGACCUGGUUCACCAAAAUUAUCGCGUUCACCCGACUAUGACCACCUUUCUCCGAGAACACCACCGAGAGACUACGACCCCAAUCGCCGUCCAAGCUACCCCGUCAUUUCACACCAUCCCUACGAGGUAUGUAAUCCGAAGAUACCUAACAGCCCUUUACUAACGAGAAAGAGAUCUAAUUCUUAUGACAACUAUUUAUCAAACGCGACUGAUCAAUAUCCACGAAGGACGUCAGGCGCAGAUCAAUAUGAGUCUCUGGAUGGACAAGCUAGGUCUCUAACUGAAGGCUCCCAUGCAAGUAAUGAUAACCGUAGCAAGAAAGAUGAUUAUAUAAGAGUUCCAGGACCAGGUCAUGAAAACUGGAUUAUGAGAAGAAAAUCUUUAUUCCUGGACCGAGGAGAACAAGUACAACAAAACCGCGAAAGACCCAAUUUUACUCCACCAAGGAGGCCCGUGCCAAAGCCUAUAACUCCGCCAAGAUCCCCAAGACCGAAAACAAUUCUGCCAAAGCCACCCGUGCCAACCCCUAGAAGAGGCUCCAGAGAAGACCUAAGCGAUGCAGGAGCCAAACAGGUAUCUAGACCCAAAAGUCCUAAACAUGACAAGCAGAAUUCAAUGGAUUCACAAAAGUCGGACAAUGCCUACGACAAUAUAAGGGACGCUUUAAAUAGUUUACUGCCUCAACAAGGAUCUCAACCAUCAUCACCAAACGAACAAGAAUCCUUGCCCGAUGAUGGAAGGCCUUUGGGUAACAAUUUAGUUGAUCUGCCACAUAUCAUGGUCCAGCCGGGAACUCAACCACCAUCUCCCAACGAACAAGAAAACUUGCCUGACGACAGAGGGCCUUUGAAUGACCAUUUAGAUGGUUUACCGUCCAUCAUGGUUCAACCGGGAACUCGACCAUCAUCACCCGACGGACAGGAAUCCUUGCCCGGCGAAAGAAGGCCUUCUUCUGAACAAAUAUAUCGCUACCCCAAUGAAAACCAAAACAGACCUGCAUCCUUUGACAACUUUGGUAGACAAAGCUCCGGUGGCGAGAGCCCAAAUGAGCCUCCAUUUAAACACUCGCCAUCUUUCUCUAACGGGAGUUUACCUAUGGGGUUUAGCCAAGGUGGAUUUCCUUCGUCCCCAUCAAUAGCGGAUACAUCUAUCUCAAGGGAAACCUAUAACUCUAACUUAUCAAACUACAGAUUAACGGUAGAGAAUAGAGCAAAUCAAGAAAGGGAGGCAAAAGAGGAAGACGAAUUCUGUACCAACGUAUACGUUAUAACCACCAAAUACAUCGCAGUCAUACUAACAGCGCUUUUGGUCUUAUUCUGUGUAACGGCGAACAAAAUUUGUCUACUCGUAAUUGGAAAUGAAUACAGCCUUCUUAAGGACAAUAACACAUUAUUUAAAGCACAUCAAGCCGAUGGCAAGGAUCGAUCGAAAUAUUCCAGUAAAGAAUCGAUUGUGAUAAUGCUGGUAAUCAUUUUGAUGAUCCCGCAAGCAAUCUCUUUGUUUUAUGGUAUAUGGGGGGAAAAGAAGAGUCAAAAGUGGCCAAGGAAAAGUGCGAUUUUAUGGAUCAUCUUUGGUGGAAUAAUCGAAGCUUCUUGUCUUUCUUUUCUAUGUAUUUACGUCCUAACCGUACUAAAUAUCGAGCCAAGUCUCUUUCUACUGUUCAUCUCUGGCUUAUUCGUUAUUCCAACGAUUAUUCAAAUAUCUCUAUAUGCCAAGAGAUGGGAAACCAAGAAGGGCAAGAUGAGGAUAGUCACAUUUACGAUUGCAGCUGGGAUGCAAAUAACUGGAUUGAUUUUACUUGUUUACACCAAAAAGGAAAUGAUGGAAACAACAGCCAAAUUCGCAAUCCCUAUCACCAUUGCUCUGUUGUCGAUCGCUUGGUCCCCAAAGAUCCGGAGACUUCAGACAAAGCCAGUGACUCCCGUUGCUGCUGUUGAUCCCCCUGCUCACCAUGGAUCAUUCGAAGACUUUGACUUCGAAGACGAUGAUGAAGCGGUUUCAGUUGCCCCAAACGUCACACUAGAUUCCCCUCCUCCACCAAGGAAACAAGCAGCGAGAGAAAAGGCCGCCAUUGUGAUGGCUUUAGUACAACUCAUAACAACACCUUUGGCAUCGGUGAUAUUUUGCAAAGGCCUUGGGAUAGUUGAUUUGGAUAAAUUAGGCAAAGGUUUUGAUUUAAUAUCCUCCGACCACCCAGCAUUCUACUUCUUUCUAACUCAGAUAUUAGUGACUUUCAUUGGGUAUCACAUGGCGUGGCUUGCCUGUUCCAUGUACGCUCAAAGACCGGCUUUUGCUCUACCCCUGACGUUGGCAACACCUUUGGCUUUGAUUCUGAUAGAAGUUCGAGGCUCUUGUGAAAACCACAGCUUUAUUCCUUUGAGAUGUGGUCCACAGGAGGGAGAAGAACUUUAUUAUAUGAUAGCCGUUGCUGUUCUUAUGCUAACGGGGCAGUUUUUAUCCACUGGUUACUAUGUUUGGGCCAAUAUGGGCUACAUCAUGGGGAAAGCGUCUCAUUUGUUUUGGCUCCCAUCAUACACAGGGAUACUCCUUGAACCAUUUCUCCUUCUCAAUCGACGAAACAAAGUGACAGACGACAAGCACGUGGCCUCUAAACGCCUGGCACGUGACAGCUACGUGUUCAUAUGCACCACGAUGUACCACGAGGUCCAACAAGAAAUGGAACAACUUCUUUCAUCAAUACACGACAUUGACGUCCACUUCAAAGACGCGGGCCGGCACGUGGAGUCCCACAUAUUCUUUGACGGGUGUAUCAAGGCUGAGGUGAUGAAUAGUUAUAUAUUACAGCUGGCAUCAGUGGUGGAAUACACUCUCAAAGUAAAGCUGGCUGACGUGACUAAAGUUUUGACACCUUACGGAAUGCAGCUUAGGUGGACCCUUCCUGGAGGUCUGCCUGUUACCAUUCACCUCAAGGACAACACGAAGGUAAAAAACAAAAAAAGAUGGAGCCAGGUGAUGUAUAUGUCUUACAUCUUGGACUACAAACAACGCAUUUACAAUGUUCCUGACGACCAGACGUACAUCUUGACCACUGAUGCAGAUGUAAAGUUUACGCACGAAUCCAUGGAGGCUUUGCUGGAUUAUAUGGUACAGGAUGAAGGAAUAGGAGCUGUUUGUGGUCGUACCCAUCCUCUUGGUAAUGGUCCCAUGGUGUGGUACCAGAUAUUCGAUUAUGCCAUUGGCCAUUGGUUUAUGAAGGUAGCCAAUCACGUCUUUGGCUCAGUUCUUUGCUGUCCUGGAUGUUUCAGUCUUUAUCGAUGUCAGGCUGUUCGAGAUAUUCUUCCAACAUAUUCAACCACUGUUAGCGAGGCUUUCGAAUUCUUAACCAAGGACAUGGGUGAAGACCGCUGGAUGUGCACACUGAUGGUUCAGGCAGGCUGGCGACUAGCAUACUGCGCAGCCGCAGAAGACCAGACCUACUGUCCGAUGGAGUUUGAGGAAUUUUACAAACAGCGUCGGCGCUGGAUGCCUUCCACUUUGGCAAAUCUUGGUCUGCUGGUCAGCGAGUGGCGAACUGUCUUAAAAAAUAAUGAAAACAUCUCUUUUCCUUUCAUAAUAUAUCAAGUGGUUCUUCUUUGUGCUACCCUGAUUGGGCCUUCAAUUGUCAUCUUAUUCAUUGUUGGCGGGUUGGUAAAUAUGGGUAUGGAUGAAAUUACUGCAGCUGUUUUGAUGUCCGUGACAACCAUUGGUUAUGGUCUUAUCUGCUUGUUUUUCCCACAAUCUACUCAAAUCACCGUUGCCAAAUUUCUAACUUUCAUCUUCGCGGUCAUCAUGAUUGUCGUCACGAUCGGUCUCGCAGUACAAAUCAAUAAGGAAAUCAAAGAUAGAGAAGAAUUACGAGAAGAAAACAGGCUAGCCAACUACACGUUAGAGAUCGACCUCCAUAAACAAUUACCGGCAGGAAUAAGUACCCUCUAUCUCGGAGGCUUGGUUGCGAUAUUCCUUAUUGCGGCCAUGUUGCAUCCAAAAGAGGCUUUAUGUUUGUUGAAUGGUAUAUGGUACCUGUUGUGUCUACCAUCCGGGUACUUGCUGCUAACUGUUUACUCUGUCGUGAACAUGACUGACAGAUCGUGGGGUACAAGAGAAGGAAAGACCAAAGGAGGCAAAGAAGUAAGUCCAUUGGAUGUCCUCUGGGAGCAGUUCAAAGUCAAGUGUGCUUGUUGUUUGAGGCCUUUCGCCGCUAAAGAAAACAAACCUCCAGAACCUGAAGCAAAGAACAAGCAAGAAUCAAGAAAGGAUAGGCUAAAGAGAGUGUUGUCUAGAAAAUCAAGAAAGUCGACCAAAUCAACAGAAAGUAAUGCAAGCAGGAAAGGACGGCGCAGCAGAAAAAAUAGCAAAGAGCUUGAUAGCGAAAUGGAUAGCGAGUCAGCUUCUGAGUCAACUAGAGGCAAAAGCAAAUCAGAUAAAGGAACGCUUAGGAAAUUGCGUCUGGCAAUUCGACACAGUCUUAAAGGUAUUGGAUUUUUCAAGGAUGACGAUCAAGUUGAAGAUCGACACCAAAUGCAGUCUGGAGGUAUGUCGACUGACACGAUUGGUCGCAUGCAGCAACAGCAACAGGGAAGUGGUGACGAGCGUUACUCUGGCAACCAAUCCGGCUUCCCGCCACUUCCGGUUGAUCCACUUCUUCAUCAUCGAAGCAAUCAUGAAAACAAAGGUUAUGACGAGGGCAUGGAUACGUACCCGGGCGCUCCGGGCUACCCGACUGUCAUCCCGAAUACACCACCAGAAGACGGUGAUCGUCGGAAUAAGGCAUCUCCGAUAUACGACGAAAUCCAUCCACAACCUAACCGGUACCCGUACUCCGAGGUAUCCUAUCCCUCACUUAAGAAUCCUAAUGUUGAUAGAGUAAAGAGCCGUGCACAGUCAGGCGUGGAAUUCGAUUCGGAUUACGGCUCUUCAAGCAGCAGUAGCCAACAGUACAGACCUAGGAGAGGAUCACGAGCGGAUAUGAUGAACACUGUCUAUGAAGGUGUUCACUUAGAAGCGGGAAACUUAGAUGGUGUUUCUUAUAUGGGAACGUCAAUUGGCGGAAUUUCGUCAUUUGCGUUGUUGACUAGCGAUGACAUCCAUCUGCCAGUCGAAGAGUGGCUAAAGGGAGACUUAAAGGAAUACACCGGGAACUUCAGGAAACAUGGCUACGAUUCUAUUGCAUUCAUAUGUAGUAUGAAGGAAAAGGACCUGGAAUACAUUGGCAUCAAGAAACGAGGACACCGACAGAAAAUCGCUCGUGAGAUCACAAAACUUCCAAAACAUGAAAUCGAAGAAGAUAUCCCGAUUGACGUUGGGGAGUGGCUAGAGGAUCUUGGCCUCGAAGAAUACAUAGAUGCGUUUGACGAGAACGGGUACAAUGAGCCUACUGAUCUUGAAGACCUGAAAAACAUGGACAAAGACACAGUAAAGGAAACAUUUAACAUUACCAAGGUUGCGCACUUAAAUAUGCUCUGUCAGGCUAUUAACAAGCUUCAGUAUGCUAAUCAAGGUCAAAAAGUCAUCCGAAAGGCACGACGAGAGCUACUCAGAGUUCCCACCCACCUAUUGGAAUAUUACAACAACGAUGGUGGAGACGAAUACGAAUUCUGGGAAAACCUCCGCCAGUCUCGUCUGAUCCCAGAAAUGGCUGGCUUCGAUGGUAACACAGAACUGAAAGAAAAACUACAAGACCUACGAAACUCCGCUGUGAUGAUCUUCCUAGUGGCCAACACAUUGUGGAUGAUUGUUAUCAUGGUUCUCGUCAGGCAGAGUAGUUUAAAGACGUUGGGUGUGGAUCUUAUAGGUCUGUCAUUUUUGUUAGUUUAUGGCACUAUUAUAAUACUGCAAUUCUUGGCGAUGAUAGGUCACAGGCUUACUACUUUACUGCAUGUUCUUGCGCGUGCUUCUUGGACUUGUUGUCAACGAAAGAAAAUGCAAGCCGCUUAAUUGCCCUAUUUCAUAAUGACGUCACAGUUUGUUUACAUCCGCUAAAAUGAUAGAAAUUUAGGCUAGAUUUAAGCUUAAUUCUCUUCUCUCGAGAUAUUUAGCGUAAUAUUUAGUUGUUCUUGCCUUCACCAGCUCAUAAACCAAAUUUCAUUGUGAUUUAAGAUGUGUUGUUGUCAUUUUAUCCCCCUCCAGUGACCAUGAUCCCUAGCGUUAAAAUAAUAGUUUGUUUUGAUGUGACGUCAUUAUGAAAUAGGACAAUUACGGGUAGGCGCCGAGAAUGCGCUCACUCGCAAUGACGUCCUCAAAUCACGUUACCAAAUGUGACGUCAAAAACCAAAUAUACCUAUACUGAAAUAUAGCACGUUUUAAGUGUCAAAUUUUUUGAUAGUAUAUAAUAUAAGAAUUAAUUUAGGAAAAAGGAUAUACAAGAGUCUAGGGAUUUAAAUACAUUAGUUUUAAAUUUAUAGCACAUGCACUGCUGUUUAGGUAGGAUUUUUAAGGGGUUUGGGGUUUGAUACACAGACCAUCUACCAUUAUUCAUGGUAUUGUAUAAAGGGACUGUGAAUAUAAAGGGUCUCGCUGGUUUGAUUCCUGGACUCGGCAUCAUAUGAGUAGAGUUGCCACUCUUUUCACUGCUGCCAAUCAGAGAAUAUAAAGGUACCAACCAAUUUAUUCGAUAGACAGAAGUGCAUUGCUAAAUUUCCCUGUCUCAACUGUUGUCUCAAUCAGCAUGUUACAAUGAAAAGAGUGGUAAAAUAAUAACAUCAUCAAGAUAAAAAUGCCAAAUAUAUUUUGCAAACAAAAGCACAAAAACAAAUACAUUAAAAAAUGAAAAUAUGAUACUGGUUCUAGCUUGGAAUGUCAUUUCAACGAAGAAGUAUAUCUUAUUGUCAAGAUAUUAUUGUAUAUAUUAUCUAUUUAGUGACUAAUAGUUGCUAUCACUCAACCAGAACAUUCAUCAUACAAAGACAAAUACACAAGAAACCAUUUGUGUCUUUUGUUUAAUAAAUGUUCUGGUUGGUUAAUAGUGACUAUUAGUCACUAAAUAGAUACUAUUAGUUAGUAUUUAGCUUGAUUUUAUUUCACGGUUUAAUUGCAUCCGCUAUAUAGUGGUGUUGAUGGUAAUAUAUGUAGAAUAAUCAGCCAGAAUUUAAACAAUACUCCAUCUCACUGUUCCAUUCCAAGCCGAGGCUGGAGUUUCCGCGCAUGAUAAAAAGUAUACUUUUGCUAUGCGCUGAAAAUGCAGCCUCGGGUUGCAACUAUUAUUCAUAGUCACUCGAAGGGAACCGUAAAAUGGAGUAUUAGUCAAUUAUUUUUUAAGCAGAAGUUUUUAAUAUUUAAUUUUAAUAUUUCCUUUUAGAAAUCAGGUAACAUAGUACAGUAAAGUAGUUAAGGGCUUCAAAAUAUAUGUGAUUCUUUCAAAUGAUUUAAUAAAAGUCAUUUAAGGAAUAUGAAACGGCGUGCAUGUCUAUAUACUGUGAUAUAAACACGAUGGAAGCUGUAGAGCAAGAGAGAAGUCGUAGAGAAACAUGAGGUGCAGAUGAGUGUUUCUUUGACUUCUCGAGUGCUCUACAGCUCCCAGAGUGUUUAUAUCACAGCAUAUAGACACAAGCAGACGUUUUAUAUGGCUUUUAUAAAACAUUUUUGAAUGAUUUUGCUUGAGCGUGUCUCUGUCCUCUGAUAUAAACAAGGUAGCCAGCCAAUCAACGAGCGCGUUAUAUCUCAAAUAUUUUAUAAUACACAAUAUAAAAUAACUGUUCUAAAUUUCGAGUUCUGAUUGGUUGGGAGGGUGUGCUUUAUGAGAGCACGCAGCAUGAACACACACUUUAAGUUGCAUCAUUCGUAUCCAAGAUAACGGUUAUUGUAAUUUAUAUUUUAUAAAAGAAAUAAAAACUUGCUUGCUGUUCUGUGUGUAGUAAUAAAGCACUUGGGGUUUGGCAGAACACUUGAGAAGUGUCAAGAAGCACUCUGCUAUGCUUCAUGCUUCUCCUAACACUUCUCUCUUGUUCUGCCAACCCCUGCAUGCUUUAUAACUGCACACAGCACACAGCACACAAGCAUGUUUUGUGUUUCUUCAA